CAACUUUUAAAGAUUUAUAGAUAUAAAAUGUAUAAAAUUAGUAACUAAAUAACGGACAAAAUUACUACGAUAUUGAACUCUAAUAUGGUCACACAAGCAAAUUAUACAUAGGUUAUAUAAUAGGAAUUUGUUAUCAAAAAGUAAAUUCUUAAAACAUAGAACAAAAUUUGGAUAAUAAAAUUUAUUACCGCAACGUCACACAGCCUUCGUACAAUUCAAGGCUUUAAUUUUCAAUGUUAGUUUUAGAUCGUAUUAUAGAAUGGUCGAGGUAUAUAAAUUCACCUUACCUAUUGUAAUAUACAUAUCGUUAACAGGAGUUUGGAUGUUAAUCAUAGAGUAAUUAUUUUAUGAUGUUAAUACUAUUGAUACCCGAAUGUAUUUACCGUUGCUUAUGAUAACAAUACAGCAAUAUCUCAAACGAAGACAUUCGUGUGAGCAAUUUACGAAUUUAAAAAGGAACACCUAUUUUAUUUCACAAAAUGCCUAAAUUAUGUUGCAAAAUUGGACCAUCCAUAUUAAAUGCAGACUUAUCGCAACUUUAUAUUGAGUCACAACGGUUGAUAGAUAGCGGAGCAGACUAUUUACAUUUAGAUGUAAUGGAUGGAAUAUUUGUACCUAAUUUGACAUUUGGACAUCCUGUUGUUAAAUGUUUAAGAAAUAAAUUGCCUAAUGCAAUGUUAGAAACUCAUAUGAUGGUUCAAAAUCCUAUUCAAUGGAUUGCUCCCAUGGCUGACGCUCAAGUAAAUCAAUAUACAUUCCAUACUGAACCAUGUGAUGAUGUCCCUUUAGUAUGUCGUAAAAUUAAAGAAGCUGGUAUGAAAGUAGGUCUUGCAAUAAAACCUAAUACAUCAGUCACUUUGAUAGAAGACUUUAUAGAUAUGGCUGAUAUGGUUUUAGUUAUGACUGUUGAACCAGGAUUUGGAGGACAAAAGUUUAUGAAAGAUAUGAUGCCAAAGGUUAAAUGGUUAAGAAAUAAUUAUCCCAAUUUAGAUAUUGAAGUUGAUGGGGGUGUUGGUCCUAAUACAAUUGAUUAUUGUGCAAAGGCUGGUGCAAAUAUGAUUGUAUCAGGCACAGCUAUUAUUCAAGCAGAAAAUCCGCCUCAAGUGAUUAAACUAUUAAGAGAAUCAGUUAAUAAAGAAAUUAAUUUAAAUGCUAGUGUAUAAUAAUGUAUACUUGUUAUAAAUGAAGUGUUCUACUUUCAGAAAAAACAAGAAAUUCUAUUAAUUUUAUGAUUAAAUUUAGUCAGGACAUUAUAAAAAAAUGUAUUAAUUUUUAUUAUAAGAACUACAAUUUUUUUAUAAAUACUAAAUGACUAUAUUUAACGAAUUGUGUAUAGAUAACGUAGAAGAUUCUGUCCAAUAGAAUUUCAGAGUACAGGUGACCAAAACCAAAUAAUUGGGAUAAAGAUAAGGGGAAAGAGAGAGAAAUAAUUACCAUUGUUUUAACAUUAAAGUUAACAAAUAAAAUGAGAUAGUAUAAAAAUGAGUAUUUAA